AUGAAAGAUAAAAAUUAUGAAUUAUAUAAAUUAAUAUUUAAUAAUUUAUUUUUAAUUAAUAAAAUAUAUGAUUACAUCAGAUAUUAUAAUAGACAAAUAACAAAUAAUAGUAAAUCAUUUACACAAAUUUGUAAAUAUGAUGAAAUAACAUUGAAAUGGGUAAUUUCAAAUAAACAUUAUCAAUUAAUGUUUUAUAAAAUUAAUAAUGAUGAAGAAUUUAUUGAUGAAAUAUUUGAUAUAAAAACAUUAUCAUCAUUUGUUGAAAUUGUACCUUUAAAAUUAAAAGAAUUUCAAGAACAAAAACAACAACAAGAACAAGAGCAACAACAAUCUCUUUAUUUAAAAAAUAAAGAAAAAGAAAUUUUUAAUAAAUUUUAUAAAAUAAAUUAUAAAAAAUUAAUUUAUUCAUUUGGAAAUAAUAAUUUUAAUAAUAAUAAUAGCUCAAAUGAUAGAAAUAAUAAUUUAUUGGUUUUUUCAAUUUUUUCAAAAAAUUAUCAAUUUUUUAAAAUUGUUUAUAAAAAUUUAAAAAAUAAUUUAACAAAUGAAGAAUUAAAAAAUCAUUUUAAAAUUUCAAAUACUAUUUUCCAAUAUUUAAAUAAUAAUAAUAAAAAACAACAAAAAAAUAAUAGUAGUAUUAGUAAUAUUAGUAGUAAAGAUGAUGAUGAUAAUAAUAAUAAUAAUAAAGAAAUUACAUUAUUAGAUGUCGCAAUUUAUUUUGAUUUUAAAUUAUUAAAAAAACUUUAUCAUGAAUUCGGUAUAAAAUUAAAUUUCAAUUUUUUCAUUCUUAGAAAAGAAUUUUUAAAAUAUAAAAAAAUAUUUCAUUGUAGUAAUAGUAAUAAUAAUAGUAAUAAUAAUAGUAAUAGUAAUAGUAAUAGUAAUAGUAAUAGUAAUAGUAAUAGUAAUAGUAAUAGUAAUAGUAAUAGUAAUAGUAAUAGUAAUAGUAAUAAUAAUAAUAAUAAUAAUAAUAAUAAUAAUAAUAAUAAUAAUAAUAAUAAUAAUAAUAAUAAUAAUAAUAAUAAUAAAAAUAAUAAAAAUAAUAAUAAAGAAUUUGAAAUUAAUGAAAAGUUUAUAAAUUUUAUAAAAUCUUCAUUAUUUUUAAGUUCAAUAGUUUUUAGAAAUCAAAAAUAUCUUGCAAUUUUAAAAAAGUUUAAUUAUUUAUUAAAUUUUAAUAAUAAUAAAGAAUUAUUAUUAAAUAAUGAUUUUUAUUUAUUAGAAAAACAAGAUUUAAUUUUUAUAAAUAAAGAUGAACAAUUUAUAAAUAAUAAAUGUAAUAAACAACAAAAUAAUAAAUUUUUAUCUAAAAUAGUUCUAUUUGGUGUAUUAAAUUUAAAUAAUAAUUAUAAUAAUUAUAAAAAUAAAAAUAAAAAUAAUAAUAAUAGUGAUGAUGAAAUUAAAAAUAAUUGGUUAGAUUCAAUUGAAAAUAAAGAAGAAGAAGAAGAAGAAGGAGAAAAAAAAAAUAUAAUUUUAAAUUUAAAAGGAAAAUUUGAAGAUUUAGAAUUAAUUAAAUUUGAAAAUUUUAAUUUAAAAAGAGAAAUAAAGAGAUUAUUAAUUUUUGAUUAUUUAAAAAUUGAUUAUAAUAUUUCAAAUUUUUAUCAAAUUUUUAGUGAUUAUGAUUGGGCAAAUUUAGUAUUAUUAUUUUCAUGUCAAUAUAAAGAGGAAGAAUUAAUUUAUAGAACCAUUAUAAAUGAAACUUGUAAAGAUGAUGAUGAUGAUGAUGAUGAUGAUGAAAUUCAACAAAAUUGUUUAUUAAAAUCUGAUGAUAUUUUAUCAAUUGCAAUGAAAUUUUGUGAUUUAAAUUUAAUUGAAACCUUAUCAAAAUUUGAAAAUACUUUUAAUUUUCAAUUUUCAAAUAAUUUUAAAAAUGAAAAUUCAAUUAAUAAUAAUAAUUUAGAAUUAUUAAAUCUCAAUGAAAAUUGUAAUAUAACGAUUGAAAAUCAAAUUAAAUUUUUAAAUCUUUUAUUUUUAAAAGAAAAAAGUAAAGAAUUGAUUGAAAAAUUUUUAAAAUCAAUUCUUUUUUCAAUUAAAAAUCAAGAAAAUUAUUUAUUAGAAAUUGGUAAUUUAAUUUAUAUUUAUUGGUUUAAAAAACUUGGUAUUAAAAUUGAUUCAUUAUUAUUAUUUGCUGAUGAUCAGAUUGAAAAUGAAUUUAUAAUUUAUUAUUAUUUUAAUUCAUUAAAAUUUAAUCAAUUAUUUAAUUGGAGUAAUAGAUUAAUUUCAACAAAUAUAAUUUCAAAUGGUAAUUUAAAUUUAAUUCAAUUUAUUCAUGAUAAUAAAAUUGGUUCAAUGGAUUUAGAUUUUUCAAUUACAGAUUCAAAAAAUUUAAUAGUUUCAAAGUUUAUGUAUGAUCAAUUAGGUUAUAAAUUUAAUUCACCCUAUUGUUUACAACAAAUAAUUUCAAAAUUAAAAAAUAAUAAUAAUAAUAAUAAUAAUGAUGAUCAAUCAAAUUGUUUAUUUAAUUGGUCAUUAAAUAAAAUUAUUAAUGAUUAUGAUAAUAAUAAUAAAUUUUUAAUUAUUAAAUUUUUAGAUGUUACAAUAUUAAAUUAUUAUCAAAUUAAAUUAAUUCAAUCUAAAAUUAAUGAUGGUUCUUUAGAUAUUUCAAGAAUUUCAAUUUCAGAAUCAUCAUUUUCAAAACUUUAUGAUAUUAAUUAUAUUUUCACUUUUUGUAAUUGGAAUUUUAUUUAUUCAUUCUUGGAUGAAUAUGAAUUGGUUAAAGAUGAUUCCAAGUAA